AUGUGGCCAUAUCAGUCGCUACGAUGGACAGGAUGACUGUAUACUAAAUAUGGGGAAGUUCCUUGUCCAUUAUGAGGUUCUUAGAAAUUACAUGUACCUGUUCUUGUAUUCAGGUCACAAGGACAGAGUUUUUCUGGUGAAUGUUAAAGCAAGGAACCUAUUAAAGAAUUUUGCAACUGCCAAGUCCAUUAACCACCAUGAAUUUGCAGAAAUGAAGGAAUUGAUCAAAGAACACCAGCCAUCAUUGGUGCAAUUAUUAGAUCAUUUGGAAGAAAUUGGUUGUACAACGAGCUGCCCAGAGGAGUUGCGAGGCCUGCUCCUUUCACUCUCAUGCAAUUCUGCAGUUUGUGCCACAUUUCAUAGGCAGGAUUUAGGAUUGCUGCAGGAGCUCAUGAAGGAAAAGUUAGGUCCUGAUAAGAAGUUUCAAUUACAGAUGAAUAUUCCAACUCUGUUUGAACUUUUAUCACCUUUGGAUGAUAUUCCAAGAUAUUUAAUACCUGUACUCAAGGAGAUAAUUUCCAUUGUUGAAAGGACCUUCUCACAACCUAUUUGUGACAUUGAACUGAUGGAGAAUCAUGACCACACUCAUAAUCUCAGUUUCUUCCCAAAUCUACCCAAAGUUAGAGAAAGAGGAGUUUAUGCAAUGGACAAAGCUAAGGGAGAUAUUCUUUGCACAAAGAAAUUCAGUCAUCAUUCUUCUUUGUUACCAGGGAUUUUUACUGUAUUUUGUCCACAUGGCAUCUGUUAUGGAUUCGAGGUCAUGGAGUGUGCAGAAUCCCCCAACAGGCCAUUUUCCCUGUUAAAAACAAGAUUUGAAGAGCCUCCAGAUGUCAUCAUCUAUGACAACUCAUGCAAUCUCCACAAUUACGCACUAAAUAGAGACCCUGCAUAUUUUUCAAACACUUUGUUUGUUGUGGAUGCUCUUCACUGGGAUAACCAUACAGCAUGUUCCCAAGGAUAUAGAGCACAUUCAUAUCCUCUGCUGAAGAAUCUCAACACACAGAUUGUGGAACAGAAUAAUUCAAAGUUGCGGAAGCUGAAAUCAUCCCUGUCAUAUAUGAAGCCAGAGAAUUUUAUGAAUACCUUAAAGUUUUUUCUGUGGUUUUGUAAUUAUGGGGUAAAGAGUAAAAGAAAAGGUUGAUUUUGUUGUGAAGGAAAGCCUGU